GACGUUCAUCACACGACGACGACGAUCAAUCAAUUGUCAUCCAAUGAAAACAUAUUCAAUAUUUUGAACUUGAAAAUCUAUCAUGAUUCAGAUAUUGAUUUUUUCUUUUCACAUUUUACAACACACAUUUGUCAUCAAGGCAAAAAUCUGUCAAUGUCAUCAUCAUCACCAUUGGCAUUACAAUGGCAAUGGUAUUGACAAAUGAUAAACAAACAAUAAUAUAUAGUCCUCAUAUUCGGACAUUCGUACAAUUUCAUCGGUAAAUCCUUGUGUUUAUUAAUGGGUGUACAAUUAUCAUCGAUACAAUGGUAUGAUUGGCGUUCAUUGUUUACAUUGUUAUUCAAUCUUUUAUUAAAUGGAUUCAUUAUUUAUGGAAUUUAUAUUGAAUCCAAUGAAAAACAUGUUAACGUCAAUAAAUCAAUUUAUCUAUAUGAACAUUUUCUUCAAGCAAGCAUUAGUGUUUUUUAUCCAUUGUGUUAUAUAAGUUCAAUUUUUUGUUAUUUUCUCUAUGGUCAUCAUAUUAUUAUGCUAUUAGAUUCACCAGUUUUCAUUGCCAUCAAUCAAAAUUGUCAAUCAAAUCAAAGAAAAUUUCUAUUGAUCACUAUAUUUGUUAUCAUUAAAUUAAUUUGGGAUCAUCGAUAUAUCGUGCAUCAUUUUGUGAAUAUUCAAAAUUUAAAAACUAAAGAAAUAAUCAUCAUUUGUUCAAUAUAUUUAUUUGAUACUUUACAAAUGAUUAAUUGGUACAUACUUUUCUAUCAUCAGCUGAUAAAUUAUUUUUCAUUACGACAAAUCCACGGACAAUUAUCGACAACAAAUAAAUCAUCAUCAAUACGAAAAACGGGAAAUAAUUUUUCGAUUGAAAAACGUUUAUUCAAUUCAAUCAAAAAUCUAUCUGUACAUAAUCGUCAUAUUCAAUAUUAUCUAUCAUAUUUAUUAUUCGGAAUUUUGAUUGAACAAACAAAUUCUAUAAUACAUUUUUUAACAUUUUUUAUUGUGGAUCCACGUCGUACAAGUAUUGGAUUAUCAAAUAUCAUAGCACAAACAUUACGCAAUUGUCUAUGUUUUUUUCUUGUUCAACUAAAUCAACGAAACAUUUGUUUAUUCGAUCAGAUUGACAGACAUUUUCGUUCGAAAUGUAUCGCCAAUCAUCAUCAUCAUCAUCAUCGAGAUAAUUCGAUUACAACAUUACGUUAUUCGAAAUAUAAUCAAUUACAAAUCUAUCGACAAUAUCAUCAAUUAUCCGUUUUUCAAUGGUUAAAUAUUGAUUCAUCCGUAUUGGUUCAAUUGUUUUUCUUUUCUCUAAGCUAUGUAUUGAUUAUUUCACAGACAACAAAAUUGAUUGAUUGAUCAAACGAUUUCAAACAGACAAAUGUCAAUUUCUUAGCAAUUUUUUUUUUCUCACAAAUUCAUAUUAUGAGAUCAUCUGAGACAGAAAAAAAACAAAAUGAAUAGACAACAAAAGCAACCAAGAAUUCAUAGUCCAAUUCUACGAAUAUUUGUCCAAUUAUUUGGCACCAGUGGUCUACAAUUAUCACCAUUACGUUGUUUCAAUUGUAAAACAACAUUUAUAUUUGUAAUCAACAUCAUUAUAAAUAUCCUGUUAUUUUAUUCAACAUAUAUUGAUACAGGAGCAUUUUUUGAACAAAUGGAAUUUAAUUCAAAAAAAUUAUAUGCAUAUUUUCAAUCGGCACAUUAUUUUGUAUUUUUUCCAUCAAUGUACAUUGGUUUAAUUUGUACAUAUCUAUUGUAUGGACAUCGAAUCAUUAUGAUUCUUGAUUCAUCCGUAUUCAUUUGCAUUAAUGAUUGUCGAAUGAAUCGUUUAAAAGCAUUUUUAUUGUAUGCUAUAAUGAAAAUCAUAUGGGAUGAACAAUAUUGGUGUCGAGAAUUUCGUAAUCACAUUUUUGAUCAAUUUGAUGUUCGUCGUGCAAAAGUGACAAUUGGUGCCUACAUAUUUCAUACAUCAACAUUUAUCAAUUCUAUUAUUCUUUAUUAUCAUCAGAUUAUAAUGUUUUUUACAUUACAACAAAUUAUUGAUAAAUUAACGACAAAUAAUUUAUCAUUGUUGAAGACGAAUAGUUUUUCAUUGGAACAAAGAUUAUUUCGAUCCAUUGUCAUUUUGUCGAAAACGAAUCGUCAUUUUCAAUAUUAUUGUUCCAUAAUGUUGUCAUUAUUAUUGAUCUAUCAAGCUGAUUAUUUAAUCGUAUUCCUGUCAUAUUGGAUUUUACAUCCAGGAAGCACAGAAUUUCUUGGAAUCACUUCAUUUAUUGAACAAAUUAAUCGUUUAAUAUUAUUUACUGGUUUAGUGUUGAUUAAUCGUCAAAAUAUCCAACUAUUCGAUCGGAUUGAUCAUCAUUUUCGUUUGAAAAAUGCUGGAAAACAUCAUCAUUCUCACUAUAAUUUGAAUACAAUAACAACAACACGUAGGAAACGUUAUACAAAAUACAAUCAAUUACAAAUUUAUCGUCAAUAUUUUCAGCUAUCGAUUUUCAAUUGGCUUAAUUUUGAUCUUUCAUUAGUUUUACAUUUGUUUUUCUUUUCAAUGGGCUAUGUAUUGAUUAUUUCACAAACGACCGAUUGAU